AUGAGCGACAAUGAAUCCGUAUCGAUGGAUCUUUGUGUUCUCAGGAAUCGUGUUAUUCUAAACAUUCAGGAUAGGGAUUCCCACUUUGCGCUGCUUGGGCACCUGAUGCGAUUGAGGAAGGACACUGAGGACAAGGACAAGGACACUUUUCGCAAAAAAAUAACUCAAGAAUACGAAACACUGAGAGAGAGCACGGCGAACCGGUUUAUUAUCUCUGAGGACGAGUGGGAGAUCUGGAGGCAAGACGAGCAGGCUCUAUUAGACAAUCCUGAUACUUUCUCCGAAGGUCAAGAAGGCAUGGCCAAGUUGUUAUGGUUGAAAUACUCUCAGUUUAAAUAUUUUGAGGAUGCCAAAGUUUUCUGCAAGUUUAUACUCCAAUUUCCCGAGAACUCGAUCUCUUUUGCCCCGAAAUUGUUUUCCAAUUUAGUGCAAGACUUCAAGUAUAACUAUUUGCAUGGUUACAAAGUUUGGGAGAUGUGUCUAGAAUAUCCCAAUGCGUGGAUCACAGUCCAGCCCGAUAAUCCAACCAUAUGGAACGAAGAAUUAUAUGAAAAAUUCGAGAAGGUGGUGAAAUCUUCUGGUAUUGACCACCCAGAGCAUCGUCUCGAACCAGCCAGAGCCGAAUUGAAAAGACUCAAGGGACUCGAGCCACUCAUGGAACGCUGGGAAGUCCGUAAGAUCUCAGAGAAGGAUGAUCCCGAGUUCUGGAUCCGCGCCAUUGAUUUUUAUGCAAGUAAGCCCAACUUCAAAAUUACUCAGAUGUUUUUGCAAGCCGUUCGAGACCGCACUGGUCCGGCAUGGGAGGCUGUUUGGUUGCAUGCUCUUCCAUUUUUGAAAAAAGAAAAAUCGGACUCCGCGAGAUUUCUUUUCCUGAAAUAUUUUCCUGGUAAAGUGGAAGCUUUCGAAUUUUACCUGCAUAUAGGUAGUCAUGCUACUAUUGCCAGGGACCGACUGGAGCUCUUGAAGUUGUCACCAUGUCCCGAGAUAGUGAACUCUUCCGAGGGCAAGGACAUGAUUCUCGGAUUGCUGAAUGGCAUAUUCAGGAUACCAGUAGAUGAAGAGGCCGCUGUUGAAUUAGCAUUGAAAAAAAUUAUCUCCUUAGCUCUUGAGGCAGACGACGUUUUCCACACCUUAGAGAAGUUCAUCAUUCAACUAUGUUUCGUAAGGUUUGGAAAGUUUGGGAGUUACAUGGCUGAAGAGUUUCUUGAGAAGGUACUCAAAUCCGAAAAAGCAAAGCACCAGGUCGAGACGUGGCUUCUGGCUUACCAGUUUAAUAAUGACGUUGGAAGUAACUAUGACAAAAAGAGGAAGCUGUUUGAGGAUGCAGCCAAGAUGAUCUCCGAACUCGAUUGGCCAGAAAGGCUGCUGGACGAGUGGAAACGCUUUGAAUAUAUGGAAGGAAACGAUAUAAGUAUAGCAAGAUUUCACAGAUCUCAAAGGUGGUGUUUGAAACAACUUGAAAAACGUGACGCGGAGUCCACAGAAGUUGUAACACAUGAGACCACAGAGGAACUGCUAGUACACGGAAAGCGAGCACAGGAAGAACAAAGUAAUGACCAGCCAUCCAAAAAGCCAAGAAUCAGCGAUAGGGCAACCAGAGACAGAGAACAUCUUACCGUUUCCGUUAAGGGAAUUCCCGCAUCCGCAUCUGAAAAAACCAUCGCUAGGUUUUUCAAAGGAUAUGGAACGACCAAGGAGAUCAGACUCAUCCCCGAGCUGAGGGAGGCCUUGGUUGAGUUUUCUGAAGAGUCGGAGGUUCUGGCUGCCCUAACGAGGGAUCAGAAGAAGAUAGACAAUGAGCUGGUCUCUGUCAAGAGGUUUAUCGAUUCCACGAUCUGGGUCACAAACUUCCCUCCAGAGUUCACGGAAACCGAAAUUCGCCAGAUUUUUGCCAAGUUUGGUACUAUCACAUCCUGCAGGUUCCCAUCUUUGAAGGCAAAUAUGCGCAGAAGGUUUUGCUACGUGGAGUUCGAUAGUGCUGAGGCCGCAUCGGAAGCGGCCAGCGAGAUGAAUGAUAAGAAUCUAGAGUCAAGAGAUGGUAGGACCUAUACGCUUGUUGCCAAAGUGUCAAAUCCGGGACGCAGGUCUGCGAGGUCUGGCGCAGUUGAGGAAGGAAGGGAACUGUUCGUUAGGGGCCUAGAUUUUAAAAAGGUCAAGAAGGACACGGUUGAAAGGAUAUUCGAGAGAUUUGGUGUUAUAGAAAGAGUGAACUUACCUUUGAGCAGUAAGGGAAGAGAAGCACACAGAGAGCACGAUGGGUUUGGAUUUGUCACUUUUGUUUCUGCGGAUGAUGCUACUAAAGCGCUUGAAUUGGACGGAUCGAUACUGGAAGGAAGAAUCAUCCAGGUCAGCACAGCUCAGCCAAAGGGCAAAAAGGUGGUGGUGGUAGAAAAUAAAGCAGAGAAAACGGAAACACACUCUAGGACAGAGAUCUUGGCAAAGUCCCUGGAACUACAGAAUUUUCCUGAUACUACAAAUGCAGAGAGUCUGGCCACUUUACUUGGGGAAUUCGGGCCUUUAGCAAAGCUGGUUGUUCAAUCUGACAGAGGUACUGCUGUCGCUGAGUUUGAGAACCAGGAAGACGCUGCAAAGGCCGAAAUAGCCUUGAACGGCAAGCAUAUGGCAGGCUCUAUUCUGAAGGUACGUUCGAGGCUUGAACCCGCUAAACCAAGAACAGCCCUCAGACCAGCUGCUGGCUUGUUCGUUCCAAGAGGUGCAAUGCUGAGGUCUAAACCAGUGGCUUCUUCUACAACUUCGGUAGGUACCAACGGAGAUUCUUCACAGUUGGCCGAAAAGACCCAAGCCAAGUCCAACGAUGAUUUCAGGAAGAUGUUCUUGAAAAAGUGA